UGUGUUUAAAGCAUUUCCGGUAUAUUUUGUUUAUGGUUUUUAACUAGGCCUAUCGCGGCAUGGCUUCGUUUAUUCCCUUUGAGAGUAUACGAGUAAAAGAUGCGAAGAGAGAGGAAAAAAGGAAAGCGAGAGCUGUCGUAUUAGAACAGGCAAAGAAAGACCAUGAAAAAGCUGAAUGGAGAAAAGAACAAGCAAAACUACGUGGAGAAGACACAUGGAUGUUACCAGCGAUUCAAAAUAGACUUGAUAAAGAAGUAAAGGAGAUGGAAAAGGUGAAGUCCAAAAAACAUAAAAAAGAAAAGAAAAAAAAGAAGAAGAUGAAAAAAGAAAGGAAAAAGAAGAAAAAAGACCAAAGUGACUCUGACAGUGAUCUUUCAUCUGAUUCUGAUGAUGAUGCAGAGAAAUGGGUUGAGAAAUCAAAAGAAAGAAAGAAAUCUGUGCAAGAGCAGGCAGCAGCUGUUAAAGGGCCACAACUCCAGCGUGAUAGUUGGAUGGAAGCCCCCAUGGAGUUGAUUCCUUUGACAUCACGACAGGAAAUCAGGGAGCGUAUAAAACAGGAUAAGGAAGAGAAAGAGAAACAACAAAACCUUCUGGAUCAGCCUGGACAACAUUCUUUAGAACUAAAUCCGUAUUGGAAGGAGGGUGGCACUGGGCUACCUAUAGAAGAACAGAAAAAGGAGAAACCUGUAGCAGGAAUGGGAGAUGGAGGUUUAUCCUGGAUGAAGAAGGCCUACGAUAGAUGUGUCCAAAAGGCAAAAGAUGAGAACAAAACAUUGGAAGAAGUUGCUGCAGAAACUUAUGGGUCAUUGAAAGCUUUAAAAACGAUGUUGGCUGAUGCAGAAAAAGCAAACAAAGAGCUGAGAAAAGGAGAGAGUGAAAAGAACAGGAGAUCACAUUCACCAGAGUCUAGGAAUAAGAGAUUCAGAAAGCCACACAACAAUGAUAACCCCAGUGAUGACGAUAAAACAACAUCUAGGAAAAAGAAUUUCAGGAAACCUGGUAGCAGUGAUGAUGAACAGACAUCAAAUUUUCGCAAAAGGUCAAGAUCAAGAUCAAAUGACCGGUAUAGAUCGAAAAGGAGAUAUUCAAAGUCUAGAUCAAGAUCAAGAUCAAGAGAAAAGUAUAGGUCAAGGAGGUCAAGGUCAAGGGAAAAAUACAGAAAUUCUUUGUCAAAAGACAGACGUAGGUCAAGAUCAAGGGAUAAAGAUAGGAAAAUGCUAAGUUCAAACUCUAGAAACAGAGGAUCUGAUAGGUCAAGAUCACGUGAAAGAGACUUCAGAGAGAAAAAUGAUGCUAAAAAAAGAUUCCAAAGACCAGUAGACAGUGAUGAAGAUGUGAUAACUAAACCUAGGUCAAAGUUUAUGAGGCCAUCAGAAAAUGAUGGAGAACCCAACAAUAGGUCAACAAAUUCAUCAGGUAGGACCUCUGAAAGGGGAGAUAAUUACACAUCAUCUUGGAGGAAAAAAGAGUUCAUGAAACCGAAGCAACCUGAGGACAAGUCAUCGAAACUGUCUGAUGACAAACCUUCCAAUAAAAGACAGCAGCGGUCUUCCUUCAGGUAUGAUACAUCCUUGUUUGUGUGUAUGCAGUACAACUGUGCACAUGUUUAUAAUCUCGAUUCCCAUACAUGUACAAAAUUCUCAAGCACCUCUUCUGAGAGCAGUACUUCGUCUGAAUCUGAUGACAAAUCUGACAAAGAGGAGAUGGUACCAAAGAAAACGGUCGUCAAACAACAAGUCAAGAUUCUCUCGGAACAGGAAAUGAACCAGCUUGGAGCUAAACUAGUAAAAGCAGAGCUGAUGGGGAAUGAGGCAAUGGCAGCAAAAAUAAAAGCUCAGUUGGAAGCCUCCAGGAAACUGAGGGAGGAACACAAGAAUAAUCCACAGCCAGCAGGGGAGGAGGAAGAGGGUGAGGAGGAUAAUCAGGUGGUGCUCUCGCGAACUGGGCGAGAUGGAAUGGUCCGACCACUCCCUGACAGCCAACACCCCAGGGAGCACGGCAAACGUAGGAGGAAGAAAGAGAAGGUGGAAACUCAUGACAAGACUGGAGACCGACAGCGCUACUUUGAUGAUGAUGAUAAAUUUGACUUGAAUACUCUGGUAAUGCGUGAGAAGAUGGGUACAGCUGAAGAUCAAAACUCAAUGUUUGCUAGGCUGGCAGGAAGGUCCGUAGAGAAGACUGAUGAUGAGUACCAGUUAGAUGAUAUGUUCAUGUCCAGAGCAUCAAAGAAGCAGUCAGACUCGCGUACAGAAGAAAAGGAGCGCUCUUUAGCUAUUGGAGAACACAGAAAAAUGGCUUCAGCUAUGGAAAAAUGUCAGUUUUGUUUUGGCAGUGUUCCAAAACACCUAAUUAUUGCAAUUGGAACAAAGGUAUAUUUGUGUAUGCCUAACCACCGUUCGUUAACCGAGGGUCACUGUUUGGUGGUCCCCAUGCAACAUGUGACAUCCAGUACUGCUAUGGAUGAAGAUGUGUGGAAUGAAUUACAGCUAUUCAGGAAGACUUUGACAAAGAUGUUUGAGAGCAUGGAUCUGGAUGUGAUGUUUAUGGAGACAAGUAUGGGUCUGAAAUAUUUCCCCCACAUGCAUCUCGAAUGUGUACCGAUGCCAAGGGAGACUGGCGACCUAGCACCUAUCUAUUUCAAGAAAGCUAUCCAGGACUCAGAGACAGAAUGGUCACAGAACAAGAAGGUUGUAGAUCUUAGCCAGAAGAGCAUAAGAAGGGCUGUACCAAAAGGAUUCCCGUUUUUCAGUGUGGACUUUGGCCUACAAGGUGGAUUUGCCCAUGUUAUUGAAGACGAGAAUGUUUUCCCUAGGUAUUUUGGGAAGGAGAUCAUAGGAGGGAUGCUGGAUGUCGAACCAAGAAUAUGGAGAAAAGAUCAAAAAGAAAACUUUGAUGACCAGAGAAAGAAAGUUUUACAGUUUUCCGAGUGGUGGAAACCGCAUGAUUGGACUCAAGAUCUACAUCAGGAUUAGUGAAAAAGAAGAGAUAGACUAUGUAGGAUUGUGUUCUGGAUAUUAUCAGCUAGUAGGUGGAUGAGUGAGAAAAAUGAAAUGUAUGAUAAAUAGACAGACAUCACCAGUGAGAGAGAGAGAGAGAAAUGGGGAUGUAUUAUAGUACGUGUAUGACAUCAAGGGUAUGCCUGGCCUGGUAAUUAGCCUACCGAUAACUGUUACCGUCCUUACUUUGAGACCAGAGUAUACACAUUUAUUUGCUGCAUCCUCAAUGUUUCUUUUUGCAACAUAGUUGUAGCAAGAUUGAAUUAAAUAAAAUACAUAUUCGAAUAAUG